GUCAUUUCAAUAUGAUGAGCUUCGAGAGAAGUUGGCAGUUUGUACAUUCUUUGGUGGCCUAUUUAAUUUUAUUAAUCUCUACUACCAACUGUUAUCCCAUGUUCAGUGAGAAGGUGCACAUCAAGUGUGGAGGUCAACCAGUGGCACAUGCAAAAGUGCAUAUUCACGAUUAUAAAGAUGGACAUUUCCAUCAAUCCAUCUGGGACCUUCACGGAAUUACAAACGAGAAGGGGACAUAUCACUUUCCCAGCUUAGAAAGUCUAAAUUCGUUGGACUUUGAAAGCGCCCGAAUCAUGAUUAAGGACACGUGUGUGCUCAAACAAACUAAAUGCAACCUUCCCUACAACCAAUUCGAAAUUCCACUCCACUUAUUUUUAACGAAACACCACCACACACUGGACCUGAGCCUGCCCGAAUGGGAAUCAUACACACAUAGCCAUUGCAUUUAACCCGCGGGUUUAAUUUUCUACGGUAGUACUCUGUUUUCGAGUUGAUGUUUAUCAUUUAUUACUAAUUUAUCACGUCGUUCACUUUCCGCGAACUCUUCUGUGCGGGUAUUUCUUUUUUUGCAUAAUUCUGUGAUGACAAAUCAAACGUGACAAAAGUCUUUAUGACAAAUCAAAGCUUUAAAUUAAUAAACGA